CCACGCUGUCUGAGUCCACUGGCAGGUCGUCAUCCAGCCACUUCCUCUCAGCAGAGAGAUCAUAGAGCACUGUGAGGCAGCUCAUAGCAGCUUGAGAAAAAGAUCAGUUUGGCUUCUAGAAACAGCCAUGGAUGCGCUGAUAACAGGGGUGGUCGUGCUCUUCUCUCUUUUUAUGCCCGUUCGUUGUUCAGAUGGUUUUUUCACUGAUCCGGUAAUCUGCUACUUUUUGGAUGCGUUCCUGAUGGUCUACUGUAUCGCAGUAACGGCACUGUUCUUCAGAGAAAAAUUCUCCAAAAUGAAGUUUGCUCCACCUGAGUCUGAGGAUAAAGGGGGCAUUUAUCAGGAACUUGAGAGGCCAGAUGCUGAUCCUUAUCAACAGAUUCAUCCAAAAAAAGCAAAGAAAAAAACUGACAAGAAGCGACCAAAGGGCAACCCUGAAAGAUCAGCACCCGUAUAAAUCCGUCCCUUCGACCUGCCCGGUCUCCUUAGGAAUGUACUCAACAUCUCCAGAGACAGUGAAGCGAACCGCAACUGAGAUUAUUGGAUGAAUCUUGCCAGUUUUACUUUAAGUUUUAAGUACUCUUUCCUUUUCUCCUUGCUUUAAUGUAACCUAUUAACACUUUCCAUUUAAUUUGCUGGUAGGAUGUCUAACAGACAUAACGGGCUUUAAAGCAGCCAAGAGCAGAUAUGUACAUAGGCUGUAUGAAACAAGAACCCAAGUUUCAUUGACCUGCAUAAAUCAGACAAAAUUUUUCCUUUUUUGGGUCAGUUAGUAAUAACUGAAUUAUUUGUUUGCUUAAAAUGGCAAUAUUUUUAUAUACAUCUCCUUAUAUGGAAUGCAGAAAUCUAUUUUAACUGUUUAUUGGCUUGUUGUUUAUUUAACCUGCAAUCAUUCUGCAACUAUAUGAAUUACUUUCAAUAAAAUGAAUUAUGGCGAUUUGUACCUUUAGAAGGGUAAUGAACUGUAUGCAGCAAAACACAUGUCAAAACACUUGGAAAACAGUUUUAAUGAUGUUUACAACAAAAAAAGAACUGUACAUUUACAGUAAAAGAUUAUCUUUGUAUGUGUAUAAAAACAAAAAUACAGCAGACAAAUGCAUCAAAUUCUA